GUCCACUCUAUUUUCCAAAAAGUCCAUACUUUCGAUUUUAUUUAGAACAUGUCGGAAUUCAGUGAUUGUAAAGGCACAACCGAUUCCUUUCCGGACUACAUCCCAAGCCAGUUGUCAAAAGAUAAACGUAUGGAAGGAAGAGAAAUUAAAGGCAAGAACGCACGGAAACACGUAACAGGACAUGCAUUGCCACAGUCUAGUGUACCAGACAGCAAUGAGAUAGUCACAGACGAUGCUGAGAGUGAAGAUGAGGGAACAGGGCGUACACACUUUAAAACAGUAUGGGGACUACGUUUGGACCUCUUAUUGCUGACAAUCGUCGUACUAAUUGCUGCUGUUAUAAUUAAGCUUCCGCUCGGCGCACAGCAAGCCGAAGAGGUGACAGAAAAUCCAGCUAUGCAACAAUUGAGCGGUCUUGUAAAGCAAUUACAUGCAGUUAAAAGCACAAUGGAAGAAUUGAAAUCAGAUGUAAAGAAAAAUUCGGAAAAACAUCGCAAACAAGCAUCUAAGCUGAAUGAAAUAGAUACUAACAUCAACAAGAUAAAUGACAUUCUGAAUCCUUCUAAUCCAAAGGGUAUGUCGUAUCCUGAUAUAAAGAUUAAAGUCGACAAAAUUGGAGAAAGCAUUGCUGAAAGUCAUAAAGACAUUGUUGACACAAAAGACGCUGUUGAAAAAUACCAUGCCGCUUUAAAGGGUUCAAUGGAGGAUAUACGACGUAAUCUUUCAACAUCCAUUACCGAAGAGGAAGAAAUAUUUGAUUACUAUUUGACUAAAAAUAAAAGCAAAAUUCUUAAAGAUGUGAUUGCAAACAUCGAAUUAGCUGCAGAAACGCUUAAAUCAGAAUAUAAAACUACUUAUUCCAAGGCCGAAGCUAUCGAAAGGGAAUUGAACAAAGCAGACAUACAAAAAGUACAAGAAAAUGCAAAACAUGCGAAAAAAAUGGCUGAUGAAGCAAAUGUUAAACUGAAAACCGUGGAACAACAUCUGUUUAACAAAGAUGCCUUGACAGCUGCCAUCCUAAUUCUAUUCUUUUUGAUAAUUGGACUCAUGCUUUACGUUUUGAAAUUGAAGUCUUCGUUAGAACCAUCCUUAGCUGGUGGAUCAACAUCUCGACCCUUGAAGGGGAGUAGGGAAAUGAAAGUUAUCCUUCAGAAAAUGCCAAGCAAUCCUACACUUGACAACGCCGUUUGUAUUGUAAGUUUUGAUGCAAGCCAUUCGGAUGAGUACAAGCGAAUGAUCAAAGAGACUGUCGGUCAAUUGGGAAGAGUUUCUUUCCGCACUCAUGUCAUCAGAAAGCACGCGGAUAUUGCUGAACUUCCCCACUGCAGACUGUACAUUAUGUGUGUGGAGUUCACAAGAAGGCACGUGAUAAUAGAGGAACAAGGUUUGGGACUUGGUGAUCUAAAGCUCACUUCAUAUCGGGGUGUUAGAAAGCUAGGAGGGGCUUUGGUGAUACUGUACAUACAUGACCCCGGCUCGAGGAACCUAACAGACGACCAGCUAUACAGUGAUGGUGUUUAUUGUGUGAAGAAACAACAAGAACUGAAGGAAUUAUGUGAAAUAGAUCGGUUCAUAAGUGCACACAAGAAUUUAAACACAGCACAAAAGAAGGCUUUGGAAACUGCUAUAACUGAUGAGCUUAAGAUACAGGCCGCGAGGUAGAUAUUGAUGUAUAAACAAUGUUUUAUCUCGCGUGCCUUCUGGUUUCUCGCAUGACAUUGACAUUUAUAUAUUCUUAGAAGUGACUUUUUGUAUUAGCACUGACAAUGAAAUUGUAGUAGAAUUGUUUAUUUUUUAUUUUUAUUUCGCUGUAUUGCAAUUUUAAGUAACUCGUAUAUUGAAUUACAUAUGUAAGUAAGCGCGUAAGAAAACGUAAAGAAAUCUUACAGCUUAGCGGCGAAUUACGAUCGCGCAGGUUACUUUACGGCAUAAACGUUCAAAACGUGGAAUUGGAACCUAGAAAUAAUUUCGUUAAGUUCAAAAGCUUACAUAUCCGUUAGAGCUUUACAAUUGUACAACAUUAUUUUAUGGGAUCACAUAUUUGGCAUAAUUGAUUCUAAAGUUUCUUACAAAGCUUCUUAAAACGUGACGUGUAAUUCGUAGUAAAGCGUCAUUCAUGUUAAAAAGAAUAUAAAAUGAAAUUUAAAACAUAAUUUGUUCUUCUUAAUACAAUUAUUUCGACUAGUCUUUAGUUGUACGUGUGUUAUGCGUUUAUGCGUUUUUAUCGACGUUUUCCUGCGUGCGUGUGUAUGUGCGCGCUAAGAUCAACUUGUAGAAUAGCAUAGAGUUGUUACCAUACAUUACUUGGAAAUGAUUAUGUAUGCGUUGAUUUGAACUCUUGAUUGUGAGAAAUAAACGAGAAAAAUUA